UAAAUGCUCUCCCUCAUAAUAGUUAAAAAAAAUAUAUAUAGCAUGUUGGGAACAAGUGUUCAACUCAGGGGUGCAAACAGAGGAAAAGCUUAAGGAGCAUCUCAUUAAUUUUAUUUUGUGGAUAGGUAUGGGCUAUUAAAGGCACAGUGGGGAAGUAACUUGCCUAGGGAGCAAGAGGCUGCUGGUUCAAAUCCCUGCUUGUAUAUUUCCCAGACUAUGGGAAACACCGAUAUCGGGCAGAUAUAGGAAGAUGCUGAAAGGCAUCAUCUCAUACUGCCGGGAGAUGGCAAUGGUCACCCCCUUCCCUAUUCUACCAAAGACAACCACAUGGCUCUGUGGUCGCCAGGAGUUGGCAGGUGGUGUGAUAAAAUGCAGGGGAAACUGCUCAAUUGGUUAAGGGUGAUGUGCACUCUUGGUUCAGUCUAACCCGUUCCCUUCAGAGCUAUUUUUCGAUGUGCAGGGAUCUUCUGUGGGGAGGGAUGCACAAAUCACACAUCUGCAGCUUGAAGUGAUACAAUCCAGGAAAAGGUUACUCAUUGAUUUGCUGAAUGUUUCAAGUAUUGUCAGCAGUCUGUCUGUGAGCACAGCAAAAAGAGAAUCUGGUGUUUAGUAGGUGCCAGCAUGAAAUUGUCAGACUGGAGUAAUCUCCCCUCCUCUUUUAACAGAGUUACUAGUUUAGUAGAGGACAGGGAUGCUGUGGACAAAGUGUGCCUUGAUUUCUGCAAAGCAUUUGACUCAGUCCCCACAAUAUCCUCCUUGACCUCUGUGGAGAAUGGGGCCCAAAACUCCAUGUUGCAUCUUAGAGUUCUUAGAUCUCCUUGGGGACAGAAUCCAGCUGCAGGACUUCCGCGGAUUCCGAGGUGGCUUGGAUGUUACGAGAGGUCAGACAGGAACAGAGUCUGUCUGCACCAAUUUCCGGGGCAAGGAGAUCAUGUUCCAUAUCUCUACAAAGCUACCCUUCACAGAGGGAGAUGCCCAGCAGCUUCAGCGGAAGCGCCACAUUGGGAACGAUAUUGUGGCCAUUGUCUUCCAGGAUGAAAAUACUCCCUUUGUCCCUGACACGAUUGCCUCCAAUUUCCUGCAUGCCUAUGUGGUAGUGCAGCUUCAUCACCAUGCCCUUGGGGAGACUCUCUACAAGGAGCGGACCCGCAGUGCUCUUCUCGAGAGUCUUUAUGAGGAGCUGCAGAUCCGGAGCCGCAGCAUGAUGGGCUUGGCCUCUGGAGAUGAUGACAAGAUAGAGAACGGGGGUGGUGGCUUCUUUGAGAAUUUCAAGGUGAGAGAACAGACACUUCGUUCCUUUUAGUGUAAUGGUGUGUUUCUCCAUUUCUUGUUGUUCUGGAGAAUAUAUACAGUAACAACGGCAGACUUGGGAGUAUUGAAAGCACUUCACAGAAGUCCUCUUGGUUAUUUCCUCUGCAAGGUAGGUUUGUAACACUUCCUCCAAGUUGUCAGUGUAAGGGGGAGGAGGGUUGAGGCCAAGGCCAAGAGACGGGGCUUACCCAAGGCAAAGGAUUUCCCUGGCUCAGAGUUCAGGCUUUCCAGCCACCACUCUGCUACACUUUUGCAGUACCUGAUUUCCAGACGUCUGCUCUUGGAAGGCUACCCAUAGAAAAUACUU